AUGACAUCUUCUUCUUCUCCAACAACUUUCACCGAUCUCCACCCACUCAUCAUCCAGACCCAAAUCUUACCACGACUGGAGGCUCAAUCUCUCUCCUCCGCCGCAACUGCAUCAUCUUAUCUACGAGCCCUCUGCGCCGAUGACAUUCUCUGGUCUGAUAUCUGCAAAUCCACGUGGCCGUCGUUAACCCACCCACGUAUUCACCGCCUCAUCUCCAGCUUCCCCGCCGGUCACCGCUCUUUCUUCCAAGACUCGUUUCAGCCUCCAAUCACCGUCGUCAAACACCCUAAUCACCAUCGUUCCCCGUCUAUCUCUCACCCAGACCCAGGUUGCUCCUUAACUCAUCAAACUUUUCCGACUGAACUUAUCUCGGCUGUGGACAUACGGUACCAUGAUGACAUCAUUUACUUCGGAGCCGAAUUCACCGACACUACAACCGAAUUUCUAUCAUCAGCGCUUAGGAUUGUGUUAAAGGAUGAUCCAGAAGUCACCGGAAUGCCCCGAUCCAUUGCCUUUAAUGUCGAAGACAUCGUAGACUCCGACGACGCAACAAUAUUACACCUUCAAGAGUCUAUAACGCUAAACUGGAUCCUAAUCGAUCCGACCCUGAAACGAGUGGUAAACCUAUCCAGUAUUAAACCUAUUCUUGCAUGGAUAACUGAUAGUAUCUAUCUCCGAUACGUCGUCGUUCUACCCGGAUGCAACUCAAAUGAAACGGUUGAAUGUAGAAUAGAGGUGAACUUAGGCGCUGGUAAAGGAGGGGCGGCGUUGUUCGUGAGGGAGGUUAUACUCAAUGUACAAAACGUGGCUUAUAAUCAUUUGAGCGAGCAAGUCUUGCGAGAUAUUUGUGAAGGCCACCUGUAUAAUAUGUUUGCAAGACAUAUGGAUUAG